AUCAUAGUUUUUUUAUACAAAAUGUUUAUAUAAAAAGGCCUUUAGAGGAACAUCACUAUGGACUGUUAAGUUGAAACUAAGACGAAGAAGAAAAGAAACCAAUUCAUUACUCAAAGGAAGAUAGAUAGACACUUUCUUCUUUUGCACCAUAAGGGGUCCUCUUCCUCUCACAAAAAAAAUCUAGGGCUAAAAAAUUAAAUUGAACUUUCCAAUGUUCCCUUACAGUUCAAACCCUUACCCUUCUUUUCUUCCCUCAUCUUCAUCUUCUUCACUCUUUCCUUUUCCAUUCCUCAAUCCUGAAAAUGCUUCCUCAAACACCAACAAUAACAACAAUACCCUUUUUCUUGAUCCAUUUUCCAUUCCUUACAUACCAACUCAUCAUUCUCAUCCUCAUCCUCAUCAUCCCAACAUUACAAAUAUUCCAGAAACCCUAAACAACUUGGCUGUUUCACAAGAAAAUAAUAAUAGUAACAUUGCAGUUUCAAUGCCUAAACAAGAUCCUUCAACUCUUGGUGGUUCCAAUUCUCACUAUGGUAUUUCUUGUUUCCUUACCAAGAAACCGGUUAAGAAAGACCGGCAUAGUAAGAUUUAUACUUCUCAAGGUUUGAGAGAUCGAAGGGUUAGGCUUUCAAUUGAGAUCGCUCGAAAAUUCUUCGAUCUUCAAGAUAUGCUAGGGUUUGACAAAGCUAGCAACACACUUGAUUGGCUUUUCACAAAAUCUAAGAAAGCAAUUAAGGAUCUAACUAAGAGUAAGCAAAAAAACAAAAAUAGUGAAGGUGGUGAUGCUACUAAAAGCUUCUCAUCUUCUUCGGAUUGUGAAGAUUCGGAAGUUGCUAUUAAUGAUUCUUCAAACCUACAAAUGGAGGGUGUAGGAAGUAAAUUUGAAGAAAGGAAGUUGAAAAGGGUUCAAAUGAAAGAACCAGCUUGUGUUAGAGCUAAUAAGAUGAAGGAGUCAAGGGAAAAAGCAAGAGCAAGAGCAAGGGAAAGAACUAGUAACAAGAUCUCCAACAACAUAAGGGGGGUGCAAGAAGUAGAAUUAAAGAAAAAAUAUGAAAAUAAUCUUCAAGCUUUUCAACAAUCAAGAUCUUCACAAGAUCAUCAACUUGUGAGUAGUAAUGAAGGACCAAGAAAUGAUUUCAAUGUUAUUGAGGAAUCAAUUGUGAUUAAGAGAAAGCUGAAACCUUCAAUAAUGGUUUCUCAUCAUAAUCAUAAUCAUAAUCAUCAUCAUCAUAACCAUCAAAAUCAUGUUAUCCCUAAGGAAGCUACAAGUUUCAACAAUAAUGGUGAUUACCAUUUCUUGCCUAAUUCAUCUCCAAAUUGGGAUGCUAAUAAUGGUACUUCUUCCACUAACCGCUCCACCUUUUGUGCAAUAGCUAGCAUGAAUCUUUCUACAGGGCUUCAAAUCUUUGGAAAAUCAUGGGAGGAAUGCACCAAUCCACGUCUACAUUAGUACUAUAGUGUGUUUGUUUUUUUCCGCAUUAUCUAUCUUGAGGUUUGUCAAGGAGUUUCAAGGAUCUUUCUUUUCAUUGUUUUCAUCGACAAAUUGUACUGUAACUUUUUCUGUCCUAUAUUCUCCUUUCAAAACAUUUGUACCAUGAUUUGUUACCCAUGAUGUUUAUCAUCCAAUGGCGUGUGUGGCAUUUGACCUAAAAAGGUUGUUGAGUGUACUAUAUUAAUUUAUGUCCAAUAUUUAAAUAGUGUUGUUGGAAUUAUGUCG